GUUUAACCCGCCUCCUCUCUUCUUCUCUGCUGCUCCAUCCGGCUGAAUGCGAGUCUGCUGACUGGCUUCAGGCUCCACACCAAACCCGUCCGCAGAUAUUUAGCAAGCAAUGCGCGUAAAGAAGGGCGGUCGCUUGGAAACCCUGCCGAAUGAACCCGGAGCAGCAGCAGGCGACGUGGAGGAGGCGCAGCUCCGGCCAUAAACACUCCUGCUUUUAAAGUUUUCUUCACAACUUUCAGAGAAAAUGCCUCAGGAUUGCGGAGCAGGGACUCUGCUGCUCGACUGGCCUUGAACAACUCUGGACUUUGCUUUUUUUAGGACAGUUUUUUGGGGAAUAGUUUGGUCUCGAGUUCACACCCUUUUUUGCGCUUCGUACCUGCGUUUGGCGGAAAAACCUUCUAUUUUAACAAGGCAGUAUGUUGUCCAGGCUGAGUGAGUGGUUCUGGAAUGAGCGCCUGUGGUUUCCAGUAGGUUUGGGAUGGGCUGACCUGCAUGAUCGUGAUGGUCUCGUCUAUGCCAAAGGCUCUGACCUUUGGGUUACCCUUCCAAUAGCCCUGGCCUUCCUCAUCAUACGCCAGAUAUUUGAGAGGACUGUGGCACUUCGGCUGGCCUCAGCGAUGGGAGUGAAGGAGAAGGUGAGAGUGCGGGCAGCACCCAAUCCAACACUGGAGUCGUACUUCUGCACCACGAGUAAACAUCCAGCACAGAGUGUGGUGGAGAGUUUAAGUAAACAGACAGGCUAUUCCCAGCAGCAGGUGCAGAGGUGGUUCCGGAGACGGCGCAACCAGGAGCGACCCAACCAGCUCAAGAAGUUCAGGGAAGCAAGUUGGAGAUUUACAUUUUACCUUCUUGCGUUCUUUGCUGGUCUGGCUGCUCUCAUUGAUAAACCCUGGCUCUACAAAAUGGAAGAGAUGUGGAAGGGCUUCCCAACACUGACUCUGCUGCCUUCUCAGUACUGGUAUUACAUGAUCGAGUUGGGUUUUUACAUUUCACUCCUCUUCAGUGUGGCAUCAGAUGUGAAGCGAAAAGACUUUAAGGAGCAGAUUGUUCACCAUGUUGCCACCAUUCUUUUGAUCAGUUUCUCCUGGUGUGUGAACUACAUUCGAGCAGGAACUCUGAUUAUGCUCGUGCACGAUGCUGCAGAUUAUCUGCUUGAGUCAGCCAAAAUGUUCAACUACGCUGGCUGGAGAAAGACAUGUAACUACAUCUUCAUCAUCUUUGCUGUUGUGUUCUUCAUCACAAGACUCGUGAUCUUCCCAUUCUGGAUCAUGCACUGUACGUGGGUCUAUCCAGUGACCAUCUAUCCUCCCUUCUUUGGUUAUUACUUCUUCAACGGGCUUCUGCUGGUGCUUCAGUGCCUGCACAUCUUCUGGUUUGCGCUCAUUCUGCGCAUGGCGAUCAAGUUCCUCCCUGGCAAUCAUAUUGUGGAAGACGAGCGGAGUGACAGAGAAGAGACGGAUGACUCGGAGGAUGAGGAUGAGGACGAGGACGAGGUGCAGGAGAGUGAGAGACGACCCAAGACGAAAAACGGACCGCUGCAGAACGGCCAUUCUGCCUCAAACAACAACCACCACCGCAAGACGGAGUGAUGGGUACGGAUAGGAGGAGAGAGGGGAGAGGAUGAGCAGAGGUGUAGUCCUCCCCUGCCCUCUGUAACACACACACAUAUACACACACACCCACAUACACACACACACGCCCAGACUGAUAGAUUGAGGCAGGGAUAGAGGCUGCUGGUUUGGAAAAUUGGCUUAUACAUAUACAGUCACACACAUACAUUUGACCAAGUAUUAGGUUCACACUUAAACACUAAUCCCAAAAAUUAUGUUUCAGUUAUAAUCAUAAAGGUCAACUUUAGAAAAUGCACUAAAUUCUGCAGAAGAAAUCUCGAGGCAGUGAAUUUUCCUUUGUGCUUUUUGUAUGACCUGCCUAUUGCCUGGUUAAUGUGAAACCCUCACUCGUUCCCUGUCUUUCUUUCUUGCCUUACUACUGCUGUUUCUCGUCACACGUGAUCAUUAUGUAAAUCCGUCACGCCUCCGUUUCUGUUCUGUGAAUAUUUGCUAAGCUUGAAGAGCACCGAUCUUUGGCUUUGUAUUUACAAGCAACCUUAUGGAUUUACCUGAAGUCAAGCUCAGUUAUAAGUGCAGAAUUGUUUUCACCAAGCGGCCUUUAGUUAAGUCUCCAAACACAUUCCUAGUGUAUGUAUGAACACGAACACACACACACACACACACACACACACACACACACACACACACACACACACUUGCACUGUUGUGAGCCCUCCUGUGUACUGCCCACAUUUCAGUUGCACUAUAGUUUAAUUUUGCUACACACUACCACUGCCCUAGAGAUUAUCUCCUAGAAUCUGAUCUUUGAGGACCACGAAAAAACUGAUCAAUGUCCCCGCUUAAACACACUUGAUGAGAACCUGACACGUUGAUAUUAAGCUGCGCAGAACUGUGCAGAACAACUAGAAAUCUCUUUUAGCUCGGCUGAACCAGCUAUGCUGCCCAGACACCCCAUCAUGAAGCUGAAUGUUUAAUUCUACUGCCUUUGGUGCCUUAUGUUUGUCCAGCACCUUGAUUGUCUCUCAUCAAAAUCUGUCAAAUCCAGUUUUAGAUGUUAUUGGCUAAUUCAGUAUGUGCCAGCAUAAAAAAACUCAUCUCAGUUAAAGAUUUGCUCAAAAUCAAAGUUGUAUGUCAAAGAAAAAAGAUAUUUUGUGACAUUUCAUUCUUCCUUAUUUUAUUUGCCUGUUUGUCUUUCUCUUUAUUAACAAAAAUUACUCAGAUUAAUAUGAUUUUACUGUAUUUUUAUUUUACUGUUUGUUUUUUAUGUUUUUCAUUACAUCAUUUUAUUUGAGGUCCACAUUUAUUCAUGAAGAUUCCAAGAAGUUCCAAUUUUGUUGAUGCAAAUAAUGUAAUUUAAGAAAAACAACACAGUUUCUUAUUGAUUAUGCUUUAGUUGUUAAAUAUCAUGUGACUGAUACUCUACAUUUCAGUAAAAUGAGUAAAGAAGGAUUUCUGUUCCGUACGGGAGUCAGCUGUUGGGGGGAAAAAAAACAUUUAGAUUUGUAAAUUUAAUUUCAAUAGCAACUUGUUCAGCAUCCUGUUUACAAACAGGAAAAAAAAGAGAUGUCUUACCAAAUAAGUUCUUAGAAUGUAACAGUUCUAUCUUAUGCCAAUAACUUUUAUAUCAGUUGUAGUAUUAAUAAGAUGAAGAGUCAGUAUUUAUCACUCUUUUGGCCAUCAGAUGCACUUUAUAAAACUUGAUCCAUAGAAAUAAAGCCAGAGUUAGACUGGAGAUUGACGUGCUUUAUAGUUGAGUCAGUUUGUAACACUAUGCAUCUGUAAAACUCAUACGCUUCCACAAGGCUGAAAUAGACACAUGAGGUUUAUGGGUUUAAAAGUUAAACAUGUCCAUCUGUAAAGUCAUUCUGUAAUGCUGUAAAUUCUAUCUGAGCUCAAUAUGUUUCACAAACCCACUGAACUCUACAUUACAUCCAGUGUUAGAAUUAAAGAUGAGAAAAUACCUAAGACUAGGAAUAGGAAUAUGAUUACACUUAAGGUUUACAUGUUGUGGUCUUGUUGUUUAUUUCACUGCAGCUAAUGACGAUAAAUCUUUGUUUAACCAUUGAUCCAGCUGUCAGUGUCUGGUUUUAGGUUUUCUUACUGCUUGUAAGUGCUUUAUUUCUUAAAUGCAUUUGUUACCUUGUAUUUGCUGAUCCUUCUCUUGCCCUCCAAGCUUGCCUUCUUUAUUUUGGUACAAUCCAUUCAUGCCAGUAGGCUUAGCUUCUUCUUAAAUACUGAGAAGCAGCCAUGUUUUGUUUAACUACAUAGUAACUGGAAAAAUAAUGUGCGGUGCAGAUGAUAUCACCCUGAAUCUAAAACAAAUACCAUUCUGAAGCUGAUAUGACGAGCUUAAACUUCCAGACUACAAGUACUCUCUUUCUUUUUUUUUCUGCCCACUUUUUCAUUUUUAUUCACCUUUUUUUCUGUUCUUGCCUCUCCUCCUCAUCUAAAUUAAUCACCCCUUACAACCUAAUGCCAAAACCAAUCCAACCAAAUCAAAUCUCACCAUUGUCUACAUCCCUGAUACACACAAAAACAUGAUCAGUGUCACAACUGCCAGUGUUUUUAUGUUGUAUUUUGUAUCAUCUUUAUGCAAUUUAAGAUAAAAGACUGUGGAUAACCAAA